CCGCUCGCUGUAUUAAGCCUGUGUGCUGGAAAUACUGCUGCUGCUGCUGCUGUGUGUUUAUGGUUAUCAGUUAGCUUAGCAUCACAGCUCCAGCUGUUGGUGCAUCUCUUCAUUAUAAACACCACAGCUACAGCUACAGGACUGUACCCUGCAUUAAUAUAGCGUUUAAACACAGCUUUACUGAUCAAUAACUGCUCUCAGAUCAGCCUGGUGAUUAAUAAACUGCUUAUCCAGAAGAAAACAUAACAAACAUCCUCUUCACAGUGUGCUUCAUUAAUUUCCGUAAAGGAAAGCCCUCCUCAGCCCCUUCAAAUGAGAGAGGGACAGGAUGUCUGAAAAACCAACCAGAAUCGCCAUUGUGAACCACGACAAAUGCAAGCCCAAAAAAUGCAGGCAAGAGUGCAAGAAGAGCUGCCCAGUGGUUCGAAUGGGUAAACUGUGUAUAGAAGUUACUCCACAGAGCAAGAUAGUUUGGAUAUCUGAGUCACUCUGUAUAGGAUGUGGAAUCUGCAUUAAGAAAUGUCCAUUUGGGGCUUUGGCCAUUGUUAAUCUGCCCAGCAACCUGGAGAAAGAGACCACUCACAGAUACUGCGCCAACUCGUUUAAAUUACACAGGUUGCCUAUCCCCAGACCAGGAGAGGUGUUAGGACUUGUGGGCACUAACGGCAUUGGAAAGUCAACUGCACUUAAGAUUCUCGCAGGAAAACAGAAGCCAAACCUGGGGAAGUACGAUGCUCCUCCUGACUGGCAGGAGAUCCUCGCCUACUUCCGAGGUUCAGAGCUGCAGAACUACUUCACCAAAAUCCUGGAGGAUGACCUGAAGGCCAUUGUGAAGCCUCAGUACGUGGACCAGAUCCCCAAAACUGUGAAGGGCAGUGUGGGCUCGAUUCUGAGCAGGAAGGAUGACACUAAGACUGAGGGAGUUGUCUGCGAGCAGCUGGAUCUGACUCAUCUCAGGGACAGGAACGUGGAGGAUCUGUCAGGAGGAGAGCUGCAGCGUUUUGCCUGUGCUGUGGUGUGCAUCCAGAGAGCAGACAUCUUCAUGUUUGACGAGCCCUCCAGUUACCUGGACGUGAAGCAGAGGUUAAAAGCUGCCAUCACCAUCCGCUCCCUUAUCACACCUGACAGAUAUAUUAUUGUUGUGGAACAUGACCUGAGUGUACUGGACUACCUGUCUGACUUUAUCUGCUGUCUGUAUGGAGUACCCAGUGCUUACGGUGUCGUUACCAUGCCUUUCAGUGUACGGGAAGGCAUCAACAUCUUCCUGGAUGGAUACGUACCUACGGAGAACCUGAGGUUCCGCGAGGCCUCUCUGGUGUUUAAAGUGGCAGAAACAGCCAGUGAGGAGGAGGUGAAGAAGAUGUGCCGUUAUCAGUAUCCCAACAUGAAGAAGAUGAUGGGGGACUUUGAGCUGCAGAUCGUGGAGGGCGAGUUCACAGACUCUGAGAUCAUGGUGAUGCUCGGGGAGAACGGCACAGGAAAAACCACCUUCAUUAGGAUGCUCGCUGGUCGAUUAAAGCCUGAUGAUGGAGGAGAGGUACCAAUCCUCAACGUCAGCUACAAACCUCAGAAGAUCAGCCCCAAAUUUAAAGGCAGCGUUCGUGCCCUCCUCCACGAGAAGAUCAGGGAUGCGUACACACACCCUCAGUUCGUCACGGACGUCAUGAAGCCCAUGCAGAUUGAUUGCGUCAUUGAUCAGGAUGUUCAGAACUUGUCUGGAGGAGAGCUGCAGAGGGUGGCGCUGGCUCUGUGUCUGGGUAAACCAGCGGACGUCUACCUGAUAGACGAGCCCUCGGCCUACCUGGACUCAGAACAGCGCCUGAUGGCUGCCAGGGUCAUUAAACGAUUCAUCCUCCAUGCGAAGAAGACCGCCUUCGUCGUUGAGCACGACUUCAUCAUGGCCACGUACUUGGCUGACCGUGUCAUUGUGUUUGAUGGUGUUCCGUCAAAAAAGACAGCUGCUAACACGCCUCAGACGCUGCUCGCUGGAAUGAACAAGUUCCUGUCAUUGCUGGAGAUCACAUUCAGGAGAGACCCCAAUAACUUCAGACCAAGAAUCAACAAGCUCAACUCAAUUAAGGAUGUGGAACAGAAGAGAGGGGGAAACUACUUCUUCCUCGACGACUAGCUUCAUCAUCCUCACUUCAAUCCGUCCAUCAUUCAGACUCAUACAAUUUAAAGAAGGAGAAAAAGAAGAAAAGGAGAAACGUGUUUGCUGCUCACAAGGUCCUUCCUCUGGACCGUGGACCUGCUGCUUUAAGCUAGCUCUCUUCUGCCUCUGCUGAUCAGCUGGACUUGGCUUUUCACCAACAUCCAAGAAGAGUUAUUAUCUGUGUAUAUUGGUAACUUAAUGAAUUCACUGUGUCAAAUGUACUCAAGUGUGCUCAUCUCCUCUGCAUGGUUCUUCUUCUUGGUGCAUUUUCAGUGUUAGACCACCAGAGGGCAGUUGAUUACCUGUACUGACAGUGACCUUAAACAUGUAUAAAUAUUAUGGCUCUAAACUUCCAUGUCUUUUAAUAUGUGGAUUAAACGUUCUGUGAAUGAGA